AGGGCAUUUCCCCUAUUUUAUUGAUUUUUCUCUUCAGAAAACUCUCGCACCGAAAAGACGAAAACACAAGCAAGCGCGGCCAUCUCUCUGAUCAAAUCCACAUCGGAGCAACCACCGAAAAGCACGCGAUUCCUACCAGUCCGGCCGCCAUCAACACCGCCGGUGGGAAGUGCCUGUCGCCGCUGGUGGCGCCCUUGCUCUGCUCCGGAGCGCCCCUCCCUCCUCGUGCUGCUGUGUCUUCUACGGUUUCUUGGCGGUUGGGUCGCGUCAAAAUCCUAAUCUUUAUCUACCUCUCGUCCCUCUGACGCCGGCUUUCUUGACUAAUCGGCGGCGGAAUUUCGCGACCUGGGUUUGGCUGCCUUGUCUUCUUCCUCUCGAUCGGUACACGCGCGGUAGCUGUUACCUUUUCCCUUGUUUGGUGCUCAAAAGAACGCCUCUUUCCCUGGGUUCUUGAUUUCUUAGAGGUUGCCGUCUUCUUCAUCUUCUAGUGUUGGUUGUCUUCGGCGCCUAGUCAACGCGACGACUUGAUUGGGUGUUCGAUUUGAAUUCUUGGUGCAUUAGCAUUAGUUGCCAUGGGCGGCGUGUGCUCGGCGGGGAUCCCUGGGGACAAGUCGCCGACGGAGCUCUCGUUCCGGGCGAUGGGGUUCGUGGUGGAGCAGGAGUUCAAGGCCUUAUCGGCCGCCGGCAAGAACAGGACCGCGCCCGUCGAGGAGGCGGUGGAGCCUGACCAGGCGAGCGACAAGUCGUCUCGUCUUUCGGACAAGGGUUCGCCUCCAUCGCCCACGGGCUGCAAGGCUCGCCGCUCGGUUUCGAAGGAGCCGCAUUUGGCACGUGCCUCGUCGACGAAGGCCGGGAAGCCCAGGAGAAGCACCUCCAGCAAAGCCGGUCCGAGCAAGGUUUCAGACAUAGGCUUAUCGUUUGGUAGAAAGAGUACCUCUGGACUUGGGAAAGCAGUGGAGGUUCUAGAUAAUCUGAGCAGCAGCAUGUCAAGCUUGAGCCCUGGAGGUGGUUUCGUGUCGGGGGCAACAAAGGGGAACAAAAUAUCAAUCCUUGCGUUUGAGGUUGCAAACACUAUAGUGAAGGGCAUGAGCCUCAUGCAGUCUUUGUCCAAAGAAAGCCUGAAGUAUUUGAAGGACACUGUCCUUCGAUCAGAAGGUGUACAGCGUUUAGUUUCAAGCGACAUGGAUGAUCUGAUGAGGAUUGCUGCAGCUGACAAGAGGCAAGAGCUGAGAAUAUUUUCACGAGAAGUGAUAAGAUUUGGUAAUCGUUGUAAAGAUCCUCAGUGGCACAACCUAGAUCGCUAUUUUUCCAAGCUAGAGUCAGAAAUUACACCCCAACCAGAAUUAAAAGUAAUGGCAAAAGCAGAGAUGCAGCAACUGAUGACCCUUGUUCGAUACACUGGUGAUCUCUACCAUGAAUUUCAUGCAUUGGAUAGAUUUGAGCAAGAUUAUCGUCGUAAAUUGGAGGAAGAGAAAAGAUCAGUUACAUUUGAAAGAGGGGACACUCUUCAGAUUAUAAGACAAGAAAUGAAGAGCCAAAGGAAGCAUGUACAUAAUUUGAAGAAAAAGUCUCUUUGGUCUAAGAUACUUGAAGAUGUCAUGGAGAAGCUUGUUGAUAUUGUCCACUUCCUACAUGUCGAGAUUCAAGAUGCUUUUGGGCCUUAUGAUGGACAUGUAGAGUCGAAUGAAUUUUCAGAGAGCCGUCAAACACUAGGGUCAGCUGGCCUCUCGCUUCACUACGCUAAUAUCAUUUCUCAGAUUGACAAUAUUGUUUCCCGAAGUUCUGUCCCCCCACAAAGUACAAGAGAUGCGCUCUAUCAAGGACUACCCCCAAAUGUUAAGUCUUCUCUUCGAACAAGAUUGCUAACUUCCUUAGAAUCUCAAGAGCUUCCGAUAACUCAAAUUAGAUCUUCAAUGGAGAAGACAUUGCAAUGGAUUAUCCCGUUUGCUAAUAAUACGGCCAGAGCACACCAUGGAUUCGGAUGGGUUGGCGAGUGGGCAAACACAGGGAAUGAUCUGUCACGAAAACAGCCAGGCCAGCCCGACGUGCUCAAGAUCGAGACUCUUUAUCACGCAGACAAAGAGAAAACAGACGCAUGCAUAUUGGAUUUGAUGGUGUGGCUCCACUGCCUCAUCAGUUACAGCAGACCAAACAAGGGGAGCAGGUCACCGAGCAGAUCCCCUGUCCGUUCUCCGGUGCAGCCAAGACAUGCCAUGGCCCCGCGGUCGCCGGUGUCAGCUGCGUCCAGCAGCUCGUCUGCCCUCACCAGAGAAGACCGGGAGAUGCUGCAGGACGUGUGCAUGAGGCGGCGCUCCCCCGGGAAGAGCAAGAGCCAGGAGCUGUCGACCAGCCAUAAUUCGGCACUGAGCAAGAACGACAGGCUGAGCAAGAGCAGCAGCCAUUCCCCAUCGCGGGAUAACGGCAGGGUCUUCCCCCUGACGAGCAGGUCUGCUGCCGUGUCACCUGUGGUCGAUUUCGACAUCGACCGGAUCAAGGAGCUGGACGUGAUCGACAGAGUGGAUGUGCAGAAACAACUGUGAGACCUCUACCUACUCUGGGCACUGUGAGUUUUAUUCAACGCAGUGAAACAGGCAUCGGAGCGGAGGAUACAGAGAUUCAGGCAUUUUCACGCCGGCGCAGCCAGCAGCUGGUGUACGCAUGGAUGUCUUAGUGCUUAAGGUGUGAGAGUAUUGUCAAUAAAUUUGUGCUGUGAUAGGAGAAAGAGAGACCAAAUUUAGGUGUCAGAAACCAUGAUCUGAUGAGUGAUCGUGUUGAUUAGCAGAUUAGCAUACAUAAUGCCUGCAGAACACUGCAAGCACAUACAUAGGUAAGUUGUUUCUUUUUUCUGUCUAUCUAUUUGGUGGUCAGUUUUUGUAAAUGUACCGUGCCAAUCAUGUAAAAUUCUCGUGUUUGUAAGUUGUAAUUCUAUA